GCUAUGUGUGACUCUAACAUUGGCAAUGCCAAGGCGAAGGAGCCGAGCACGGGUGACAGGUGGCGGGUGUCCUGGUACGAGCAGCUGGUGCAGCCCUGCCUGGCUGAGCUGCUGGGCUCUGCCCUCUUCAUCUUCAUCGGCUGCCUGUCUGUCAUCGAGAAUGGGACAGACACUGGGCUGCUGCAGCCAGCCCUGGCCCACGGGCUGGCCAUGGGGACCAUCAUUGCCACACUGGGGAACAUCAGUGGGGGACACCUGAACCCUGCGGCAUCUCUGAUGGCCAUGCUAAGCGGAGGCCUCACCCUGAUGAUGCUCGUUCCCUACUGGAUCUCCCAGCUGCUUGGGGGGCUGAUCGGGGCUGCCCUGGCCAAGGUGGUGAGUCCUGAGGAGAGGUUCUGGAAUGCAACUGGGGGAGCUUUUGUGACAGUCCAGGAGCAGGGGCAGGUGGUGAGGGCACUGGUGGCAGAAGUCAUCCUGACAGUGCUGGCCCUGGUCAUAUGCACAGGCGUCACCAAAGAAAGGACCACACGCCCUGUGGCCCCAUUCUACAUUGGCCUCUCCGUCACCAUGAUCGUCCUGGCAGGGGGUAAUGUGUCCGGAGCCUGCAUGAACCCUGCCCGUGCCUUUGGACCUGCGGUGAUGGCCAACCACUGGGGCUUCCACUGGAUCUACUGGGUGGGCCCAUUCCUGGCUGCCCUGCUGGUGGGACUGUUCAUUAGGUAG